AUGCCUCCAAUCCGUUCUACCUCGGACAAGCGCAAGGAGCCAUGGUCCGCCUCUCGCAGCCCGCGUCCGAAUCCGGAGGACACUAGGCGUCGAUAUCAGGCCGAUAUUAUUGAGGAGUUGACGCAAACCUAUCGCAACGCUCCCAACGGUACCAGAAUAGGACUGCACUGGAACUACGUCAAAGGGAAGAAAGUGGCCUAUAUAAAAGACCACUUCUCCGGUACCAUUCGACCGGCGAUAAUGAAGGAUGACAUGUACAGCAACAUGUCUGAGAAAGAGCUCGAAUGGUUCCGCCAGCGGUACCUACGGGCGAAGGCGAAGGAGGAGGAGGAGGAGGAGGAGGCGAAGGAGAAGGCGACCGGGGGCCAGAAAGAAGACUAA